AGCGCCAAUGGGAGUCGGAAGUAAAAUGGCGGCCGUCAUGAAGCCGGAAGAAAACAACAACCACCUCAAAGUUUUCCUGCCCCACAAACUUGUCGACAGUUUACCCAAGUGUGCAGCCCUGCCCAAGGAGAGACAGCGGUGGAACACCAAUGAGGAGAUUGUGUCGUACCUGACCAGCUUCGAGAAGCAUGAGGAGUGGUUGUCAGGCUCUCCCCGCACCAGGCCACUGAACGGCUCGAUCAUCCUCUACAACAGGAAGAAGGUGAAGUAUCGGAAAGAUGGGUACUGCUGGAAGAAGAGGAAAGACGGCAAAACAACGAGAGAGGAUCACAUGAAGCUGAAGGUGCAGGGGAUGGAGUGUCUGUAUGGCUGUUACGUGCAUUCUUCCAUCAUUCCAACAUUCCACCGUAGGUGUUACUGGCUUCUCCAGAACCCCGACAUCGUACUGGUUCACUACCUGAACGUGCCAGUCACUGAGGACUGUGGCAAGAUCUGUGGGCCCAUGCUCAGCCCCAGCAGCAGCGACCGCAAGGAGUGGCUCAGGUGGUCCAAAGAGGAGCUCAUCUGUCAGCUCAAGCCCAUGUUCCACUGCAUCAAGUGGACAUGUAGCAAUGGCAAUGGGUCCGUGGAUUUCUCAGUCGAACAGCUGGUCCAUCAGGUUCUGGAGAGUCAGCCCCCGCCCCGCACUCACAUGUGCCUCUUCAACAGUGGCCUCGGGAGCCGAGGAAACAUACCUCACAAGUGUAACAGUACCAAGCACCGGAUCAUCUCGCCCAAGGUGGACCUCGGUCUGGCUCCCUGUUCUGCCUUAACGGAAGUGCAAAACCUCUCAGCGGCCAACAGCAGCGGCAAUGUGGUCAAUCAGGACAAGAAGCUGGUGAAACUGCCCAAGUCUGUGCCUCGGGUUAAGGGGGGCAGAGAGGCCUCACCCUUGGGCACGUCGGACAAUGUGGAUCCCACCGAUCGCACCCCGGGAGGGCGGAGUAACGGCAGUUAUGGCAACCGGGAGCUCACCACCAUUGCCUGUGUCACCAAUGUGUCAAAUCUCAGCAUUGCCACAGUGACCUGCAGCAUUCCCCGCAAUGCCCUCAUCCUGAUGACGGGCGUCGGUGACAAGCCAGUGUCCUUGGCCGGCCCGGGGCUAGCCCUCGGCAGUCAGCAGCUGGCGGUCAGCGGCCAGGCCACUGGUCUGGGCAGUCGAGACCUGACCUUGGCCCUGGCACAUAGCACUGGGAGUGGACUGGUACUGUCCGAGACCAGCAUGGACACCUCCGAGACCAGCGCCACUUUCGACCCCGAUUCCUUCCUCAACAGCCCCAAGCAAGGUCAGACGUACGGGGGUGGAGGAAGCGCCAGGGAGGGGGGCAGCAUUGCCCCAGCCUACCCUGUGCUCGGCCUGGGAGACUCCCUGGAGAGGGAGGCGGACCUGGAGAGUGUGGGACCAGAAAGAGAGUCCCGACUCCCCGACUGUGGGAUGCCUCCCGUCUCCUCCACUUCUGUCUUCCCACAGACACCAGGCCUGAUGACAGUGAGACGGGAACCAACUGCAGCCACAGUGUGCGUGGAGUCGCCUGCCCUGGCCGCUGUGCUGGAUUACAGCGACAGGGGCUCCCCCAAACCCUAUGCCGGCACCUUCCCCCAGCCCUCCCCCAUGGGAGCCCCUCUCCCUUCACCAUGCAGCUCAUUCUUCCACGGAGACGCAGGGGCCCACGGCAGCGGGUCCGAUCCUUCAGCCCCGGUGAUCCUGGGGACUGAGCCCCUCUGCCAGUUCUCACAGGAGGCCACUGACAACAGAGGCGAGAGGGACAAGCUGGGGGUUGGGGCUCUGCAGGUGGUGGGUCCUGAGGCUGAGACCCCGAUGGACACGUCCCAGGGGACAGGUCUGCAGAAAGGGGUGGGGAAGGUGGAGCCAGAUUAUGGGGCGCUGCCCAGUGGGAAUAGCAGCGACCUGUACUCCAUUAUACAGAGUGAGAUGCCCCCCACCCAGCACCCCCCUGCCAGCCUCGAGCUGGACAUCGACCACUUUGACAUCUCCUUUGACAGCCAAUUCCCUGACCUGAUCCCGGACUUCAUGGCAGAGGGUGGAGGUGAGGGAGGAACGGCGUACCCCUCAGCCGAGUCAUCGGACCACACCAUCUCUCCAACUUUCCCCGAGACAUUGGCCUCACGGUCAGGAUACAGCUCACCCCAGCAACCCGUGGGAACAGACAGAGCCGCAGUCUUCCCCGAGGUUCCUGCAGCUCCAUCAGACCUGCCCAGCCUCUCUCCCAGUACCGCCCCAGAGGGACCCUCUGUCAGCAUCACGGACUUCUCCCCGGAGUGGUCCUAUCCUGAGGGCGGAGUGAAGGUGUUGAUCACGGGGCAGUGGGGAGACGGCGCUGACGGAUACUCCUGCGUUUUCGAUCACAUCACUGUACCAGCUGCACUCAUCCAGUCUGGGGUCCUUCGCUGCUACUGCCCAGCCCAUGAGGCUGGUGUGGUAAAGCUACACGUGACUCGGGAGAAACCCCCCCUCGUCUCCAACACGGUGAUGUUUGAAUACAGAGCACGCAACAGCCUGGCCCUGCCCAGCUCCCAGCUCGACUGGUUGUCUCUGGACGAUAACCAGUUCCGCAUGUCGAUCCUCGAGCGUCUGGAGCAGAUGGAGAAGCGAAUGGCUGAGAUGGCAGCUUCGGGUCACUGUCAGAGUGUGCGCACAGGAGGCAGGAUGCAGAUUCAGGCCUCAUCAGACUCCUUCGAGGAACGGAUCAUCGCUCUGUGCCUCACCAUGAUGUCCCGGUCGUGCUGGCUGACUUCUGAGCGCCUGGUUCACAGUGUCACUUUCCGGGGGAUGACACUGCUGCACCUCGCAGCCGCUCAGGGCUACUCCCGACUCAUAGAGACCCUCAUCAAAUGGAGGUCUCUGAGUGCCGACAGUUUGGACCUGGAGCAGGAGGUCGAUCCCCUGAACGUCGAUCAUUUCUCCUGCACUCCUCUGAUGUGGGCUUGUGCCCUGGGACAUGUUGAUGCAGCUGUCACCCUAUAUGGGUGGAACCAGCGAGCUCUCCUCAUCCCCGACUCCCUGGGGCGGUUGCCCUUGCACGUGGCUCGGGCCCGCGGCCACGUCCGGCUUGCAACUCGCUUGGAGGAGCUGCAGGGUCAGGGUGAGAGCAGCUCGCUGACGACGCGCGUGCCCGAGGGAGACACAACUGACGGGCAGUGGCCGUUGUCUACAAGCGACGCUCCGGACACACCCAGGGGUCCACUGUCCUCAUUGGCCAGCCCAGACACAGGUCUGAGCGUGGCCACCAGCCCCUCCUCUCCCUCCUCGCUGCCUGAGGGCUUGGGAGCCAACUCUGUGAGCUCAGCGUACUCCAGCGCAUCGGUGAGUGGGGAGAGCGCUACCUACAGCCCUGAGCUUGGUGCCCAUGGGGACCCGGACAUUGCCAUGGAGGUCUGUGAGUCUCAGCAGAUGGUGGGGCCGGCCAGCCCUGGGGGGAAGGGGGACACACUGUGGCCCCUCCCCUCACAGCAGGAGUCUCGGCAACGAGGGACUCCCAGCCCCACUCCCCAGUCCUGCUACUUCAUUGACUACGGGCUGACGCAUGACAACGGGCAGUUCUCAGUGACGAUUGGUCGGGAUUCCAUUGAGACCGGCCUCCUGCGGUUUAACGAGAAUGAGGAAAAUGAGGAGUUCCUGCCGCCUGUCGACGUGUUACAGGUGGACAUGAUGGCCCUGGCUGAGCAGAUCAUCGAGGCCACUCCAGAACGAAUUAAACAGGAAGACUUUAACUCAGUCGAGGCUCCUCUCAAAGAACGCCAGGACAGCUCGAGUAUCAGCAACACCAUGACAUGGCUUGCCACCUACCUGGAGAACGUGGACCAGCUGCCCAACUUCUCGCAGCACAGAUCAGCCUGUAACCAACCGCUGACACCACCAUCUCACGCCUGCCUCAGUCCUGUGAACUCACCGCUCAGCGACAUCACCUUCGAGAGAGUGGACGUGGCAGCCAACACUGGCUGGUCAGAUUUCCUCAAUGCCUCCACCAAUGGCAAGAUGGAGAGUGAAUUCGCUCUGCUGACAUUGUCUGAUCACGAACAGCGGGAGCUGUAUGAAGCUGCUCGCAUCAUCCAGACUGCCUUCCGCAAGUACAAGGGGCGCCGCCUGAAGGAACAACAGGAGGUAGCGGCUGCAGUCAUUCAGCGAUGCUACAGGAAGUACAAGCAGUAUGCGCUCUACAAAAAGAUGACGCAGGCAGCCAUCCUGAUCCAGAGCAAGUUCCGCAGCUACUAUGAGCAGAAGCGCUUUCAGCAGAGCCGACGGGCAGCCGUGCUCAUCCAGCAGUCGUACCGCAGCUACAAGGAGUACGAGCGGCUGAAACAGGCGCACCGCGGUGCUGGACCCCUACAGCAGAAGAUGAAGGCUUCCUUUCUCACCAAGAAGCAGGACCAGGCUGCCCGCAAGAUCAUGAGGUUCCUGAGACGAUGCCGGCACAGGAUGAGGGAGCUGAGGCAGUCGCAGGAGCUCGAGGCUGUGCCCAUCCCUGGGUUGACGACAUAACUGGUGUGGUGGUGCUCAGACCGAGAGAGCUACUCUGUGUGUCUGAGGGAGCGGUCACCGCGAUAUCUAUGCCUUCCAUCAAUAAUUCACCCCCCCCCGUAUUCCCCCCUUCACAUUGUCAAUCACCUUUCUCUAGGGUCUCCAGUGCUGCUGCAGGUGGGAAGCUCCCUCAUGGCAGUCUUGGGAAGCUCCCUCAUGGCAGUCUGGGGAGAGGCUUCCUUACGGCAGCCCAGGAGGAGCUCCCUCAUGGUGGCUCAUGGGGAAUCACUCACGGCAGUCUGGGGGAGGCUCCCUCAUGGCAGCACAACGGGAGCUUCCUCGCCGCUCCCGGUCCCUUGGAAUUUGUCCAUGUUCUGUGCUUGGCUAAGGUUGGGGGCGGUGAGCUGGUUCCAGGGUGGAGGAUGAGGGAGGUGAGUUGGGGGCGUCCAGACUGGACCCUAGUGCCUGAUCCCCUAAAUCCCAAACCCCAGGAUGUGAUCAGGAUUGGGGUCUCUCGCUUGGCUGGAGGGUGGCGGUGGGGUCCGGGAUAUUCCUGGAGUUCUCCUCUCCCCAACUAAUGAUGGCUAAUCAGACUGACUCCACUCCUGCCUGGAUUGGUUUGUGGAUGGGACGGUGGGGCAGUGUCUCUCCCCACCCCAUUCACACAUAUUCUGAUCCCCAGUGGGUGAUGGUUGUAUCUAUUUAUUUAUUUAUUUAUUUAUUGGGUUGUAGUGCCUGAAUCAGUCCCUUGAGCCGUUCCACCCAGCAACCCCCUCGAUUUAACCCUUACUCAAUCAUGGGGCUGGGAGAGAGACGGGGGAGUCAGAGAGAAAGAGAGAGGAAAAGGGGCAGGAGUGAAUGAGAGAGGGAGUGGUCUGAGAGAAAGAGAUAGGGGACGCGGGCAGGAGAGAAAGAGAAAGGGGGGAGCAGAAGCAAGAAAAGAGUGAAUGUGGAUCUGGGAAAAGAGACUGGGGUGUAAGGCUGGGAUUUGGGACGGAGACUGGGGAUCCUGUGCAGGAGCUCUGUCUGGGGCCUGGGCGGCUGGUAUGAUCCCGUCUUGGAACACGAGGGGUUCCGAGGACAGGAGUGGGGAAAUGCUUCUCUGGGCCAGGGUAUGUGGUAAAGCCUGCAGAUGUAAAUAUUGUUUGAUUGCACUGACAUGUAGCGGUGAGCCACCCUGCACUUGGGUGUUGGGCUGAAAGGGGUGGAGACUCGCGUCGCGGAUGCAUUGAUGCACGGACAUGUGGGAUGGUGGGAUUGGGAGGUGUGGCCAGUUCCUCCUGCAGACCCAGCAGUUGGAAUCCCCCUCUGCCUAUGUUGGGUGCACGCUUGCUGUGGGAAUUCCCCCAUCCUGUCUGUAACUAGUCAUGGGCUUUCAGAUUGUUCAUGUACAGGACCAUAACUGGGUGUGUCACUGACUCUGCCCAUGACUGUACUGAUGUAAUUGUUGAAAUAUUUCCUAAAUUAAACUUCA